AAGUUGGAGAGUAUAUAGACCAGAAGAAGACAUCAGCGGCCGCAGCCUUCUCCUCCUCCCGCUGCCGCGCCGGCCACCCGCCGUCUCCUUCCUCCUCCUCAACCCGUCCACCGCGUACGCAGCGUCCCCACGAACCCAAGGAAUCCGUGGAAUCCCAAUCCAACCGCCGUCCCGUCUCUCUGCUUCCUUCCCGGAACCUGAAAGAAAUCCGAGGGUGCGUGCGGCAUGGACACGGAGCCGCUGCUGCCGACGCACCUCCUCCGCCCGCUGCCGGAGCACUCGGAGGUGUCCCAUUUCUCCUCCCCGCCUUCACCCACCUGCCCAUCCCCAGCCGCCUCCUACAAGGACCGCAUCAUCUUUGGCGCCCACCAGCAGCAGCAGCCGCCGCCCCCUCCGCCGCCGCCGCCGCCGCGCUCGCACCAGCACCCGCACCGCGCCCACCACCGCCGCAGCUCCAUCGACGGCCUCCUCGACCUCGACCUGCCCUCCUGCUCCUCGUCCCCGCCCUCGCCGCCGUCGGACCCGGAGGACCCUUCCUCCGCCGGCGCCGGCGCCGGCGCGCCCUCCCUCUUCGAGAAGUUCAUGGCCAACGCCGCUGGCGCCCGCACCAACCUCCACCGCUCCCGGACCGCCCCGGCCAUGGCGCCGCUCAGCGCCGCGGCGCUCGCGGCCGCCGCAGCGUCCGGGGACCAGGCCCCGGCCCCGCCCAAGCGCCCCGCCAUCGUGCUGCACGCCUUCCUCUUCCUGCUCGCCUACCUCGCUCUCGGCGUCGCCUUCUACGCCGCCGCGCCCGCCAACUUCACCUCCUCCGCGGGGCCCACGCACCCCGUCGCCGACGCGCUCUACUUCUGCAUCGUCACGCUCUGCACCAUCGGCUACGGGGACAUCACGCCCGCCACACCCGCCGCCAAGCUCUUCUCCAUCUCCUUCGUCCUCGUCGGCUUCGGCUUCGUUGACAUCCUCCUCUCCGGGAUGGUCUCCUAUGUGCUCGACCUGCAGGAGCACCUCCUCAUCACCGCCCUCAAGAACCCAACCUCCGCGCGCAAGCACCGCCACAACUACAUCUUUGACAUCAAGAAGGGCAGGAUGCGCAUCCGGAUGAAGGUGGCGCUCGCGCUGGGUGUAGUGGCUGUAUGCGUGGGUGUCGGAGCUGCAGUUCUCAGGAAGGUGGAGAGCCUGGGCUGGCUCGACGCCGUCUAUCUUGCGGUCAUGUCGGUGACCACAGUCGGUUAUGGGGACCAGGCGUUCCAGACGCUGGCUGGCCGGCUUUUUGCAUCUGCGUGGCUGCUCGUGUCCACCCUGGCUGUGGCAAGGGCAUUCCUCUAUUUGGCAGAGAUGAGGAUUGACAAGAGGCACCGAGCCAUGGCCAACUGGGUGCUGUCCAGAGACAUGACCGUGUCUGAAUUUCUUGCUGCAGACAUCGACAACAAUGGAUAUGUCACGAAAUCAGAAUUUGUUAUUUACAAGCUCAAGGAGAUGGGGAAGAUUUCUGAAAAAGAUAUCAUGAUGAUCUGUGAUCAAUUCCAAAGGCUGGACACAGGAAACUGUGGAAAGAUUACGCUUUCAGAUCUUCUGGAGAGCCAUCACUUGGUCUCAGAACCCAGGGACAAGAAAAAGGGGAAGAAAUCUUAACAGGUGUCAGGGAUGCACAGAAAUUGUAGAGCAGUGUUAAAAUUUUGGGACUAGAAAACACACCAAAUCAGCAAGUCUGGAACAGGAGUCAUUCUCCUACACGGAAUGGAGAGGACGGGAUCCAUUGAAGGUAGGAAGUCUGGAACAGGAGUCAUUCUCCUACAGGGCAUGGAGAUGACGGGAUCCAUUGAAGGUAGGAAGUCUGGAACAGGAGUCGUUCUCCUACACGGAAUGUAGAGGACGGGAUCCAUUGAAGGUAGGAUAGCUCCAUAGAAGUUGUAGUUGCGCUCCAGAUAUGAUUCUACCCUAGAAAUGGUGGAAAGAUCAUUACUGUGAAUAGGACGCGGCUGUAAAUAUGGACAUGUAUACAUGAUGGUCUUUUCAGAUUCUUUUAAGAAUAUACAUGGUGGUUGGUGGGGGAUUACCUGAUUAGGCUGCUCCAUUAUCUGAAGCAUGUCUGUUCAUUUUUAAGAAUAUAUAUUUCUGGCCACAGUUGGCCAGCAUGGAA